CCGCUCGGUUGUUCUGCACGGAGAGCGAGUUCAUACGCGGGGAGGGGUGGAGGCGCACGGCACGACUACUGCCCGAUUUGAACAAUUAUCCCUGAUGAGCGCAGAUUGGUUUCACUUAACAGGCGCAGGUGCGGAGGAUUUGUGAUGCGGCGCAGCUGAGCGUUUUUCCAGGUUUGUGACUGAACACUGGCGCAUCUUAUGUUGAACAUUAACUCUUUAGCGGACACGGACUUUAUUUUUUCCCUCCUUCGGGACAGGAUGCGUGCCACAAAAUGACAUCCCGUCCAGUCUGGCAGACUCAAGCCGAAUUCAGGAGCAUCGCUGAAUAAAUUUGGACCCACGCUGAUAAAUUUGACCGCGCUGUCAUUGCCCUGUCCAGCCUAAAAGGCUCUUCUAAAGCUGCGGGGGAAAGGAAAAAAAAUAAAAUAAAACACUAUUCGCUUCAGUACUCUUAGGUCUGCGCACUUGGACGACUUGAAAUGAGGACCACAUCCCGGCUGUACUCCGUGUGAAGAGACAAGCCGGGCGGCAGCUUUCCCUUCGGCUCUCAAGGACGCGCCAGAAAAAAGUGGCCCCCGGCCGAGCGAGCUGCGGAGCAUGGAGCGGGACGACUCCGAAACCGUGUGCCCGUCUAAAAAGACGAUAAUCGCGAAGAUCUUCAAAGUUCGCAAGAGGAGGGAGAUGCUGUUCGUUCAGGUCUGCUUCAUCUGCAGUGUCCUCUUCGUGGCAUGGAGCAUGUCGGCACUGUUAACUAAGACAGGUCAUGGGAUGAUUGUGGAGGGACAUCCAGACCUUGAACACUGGGGUAGAAGACUAAUGGCUUCCAGAUCUGAAAAUGACACAGAGCCAAAGAACUGUUCAGAGCCAGCAAUACACGAGUUCCCCGAUGACCUUUUCACCAACGAUGAACGAAAGAGUGGAGCCGUCCUGCUGCACAUCGCAGCGACUCUUUAUAUGUUUCUGGCACUCGCCAUAACUUGUGAUGAAUACUUCGUGACGUCACUGGAGAAGAUCUGUGAGAAACUAGAUCUCAGUGAAGAUGUUGCUGGAGCUACCUUCAUGGCAGCUGGCAGUUCUGCGCCAGAGCUCUUUGCAUCUGUCAUCGGUGUCUUCAUCACCCAUGGAGACGUGGGGGUGGGGACCAUCGUCGGCUCAGCAGUUUUCAACAUCCUAUGCAUCAUUGGUGUGUGUGGAAUCUUUGCCGGACAGGUGGUGGUGCUGACCUGGUGGGCUGUUUUCAGGGACUCCUUCUACUACACCCUAUCUGUUGUAGCUUUGAUUGCAUUCAUCUACGAUGGGAAGAUAGUUUGGUGGGAGAGUUUGGUGCUUGUCGUCAUGUAUGCAGGCUACAUCCUGGUCAUGAAAUUUAACUCCAGCAUGCAGCGGUUUUUCAUGGGGAAGUCUAACAAAAAUGUGGCUAAUGGUAACGCUGCAACCAGCAGCGAGAUGGAGGACGUCAAGCCGAGCAAGGCUUACAGCCGCGGCUCAGUGGUGAUGGUGGAUGAGAUGAUGAAUGCCAGCCCAUCAAAGUUCCGCUUUCCUGAGGCGGGACUUCGCGUCAUGGUCACCAGCCAUUUCGGGCCCAAAACCCGCCUUCGCAUGGCCAGUCGGCUCAUCAUUACAGAGCGCCAGAAGUUGGUGCAGGCGUCCAAUGGUGUGGAGACGCAAGUGAUUGAUGGGAAGGUUGAAAUCGAGAACGGAAACGUACCAGAGGACAAACCUAAGGAGGCAGAAGAAAACGACACAAUUUCACCGUUUCGUGUUCCAAGGGGCGUGGGCAGCAAGAUCAAGUGGCUGAUCUCAUGGCCUCUGCUCCUGCUGCUGUUCUUCACCGUCCCAAACUGUGCCAAGCCUCGCUGGGAGAAAUUCUUCAUGGUCUCCUUCAUUCUGUCCACUGUCUGGAUUGCAGUCUUCUCAUACCUGAUGGUCUGGAUGGUCACUAUAAUCGGCUACACCUUGGGCAUCCCGGAUGUUAUCAUGGGCAUCACGUUCCUGGCUGCUGGCACGAGCGUUCCAGACUGCAUAGCCAGUCUCAUUGUGGCACGACAAGGUUUGGGAGAUAUGGCAGUGUCUAAUACAAUUGGCAGCAAUGUCUUUGACAUCUUGGUGGGACUCGGAGUUCCCUGGGCAUUGCAGACUAUGUGUGUGAACUAUGGAUCAGAGGUGAUGAUCAACAGUCGGGGACUGGUGUACUCAGUGGUACUUUUGCUGGGAUCUGUGGCGCUCACGGUGUUGGGCAUCCACGUAAACAAGUGGCAGCUGGAUUUAAAGCUGGGCAUCUAUGUCCUGGUCCUGUAUGCCGUGUUCCUCUGCUUCUCCAUCAUGAUCGAGUACAACGUCUUCACCUUUGUCAACUUGCCCAUGUGCAUGGAGGAUUAGAGCGCAGCAGCAUGCAACAAUUACCAAAACCUCAAAAAUCCACUUUUUUUUUUUUCUCAAACAGGACCUAUCUGCCAACUUUUUGUUUUCCCCCUUUGCUUGCAGUCUUUAUUUGUAAAUGUUUAAUAGAAAUCUAAUUUUCUUAUAAGGCAGUGCUUUGUAGCUGUGAACUCUACGUUUAGAAAUUGCCCAGUCAUCGCACAGCACUGGUCCUUUUUGCUCGUUCUUUCAGGUAUUGUCGUCAGCGUCAUGGUUUCUCUGUACGCCUGCUAAAUUUCCACCCAUCAAGCAUGCCUUUAGAUGUCGUGGACCUCCAGAAUCAGAAGUGCCCCUUUUUGAUUUCACUGUUCUCACUUUUAGAGUUUUCAGAUCAGAACAAUCUGUUCCACAUCAAGCACUUACUAAACCCAAACUUUAUUAAAUGUAAAGCCAUUGUUAAAAGAUUUGUGAAAUUAUUACGGUCAGGAUUUUUCCCCCUCUCAAACCAAGAAAAGAGGGAAGAAGGUCUUGCGUUGGCGUCUCCCCUCCUUUAGCUCAGACCACACCCCCAGCAUGGCUUUACGCAACAGGGAGCUGAUGCUGUUAGUGCUUUACUCCACCCCAACCCUCACCUGCUUUCCUGAUCUGCUUUCCUAAAGACCUUUUUUGUCAGGACACUUUAAUUCAACAUGUAUCGCAGUCCAGAUCUAGUGACUGUGAUGGUGUUAUGCAUCUGCACCAGUGCACAAUGUAAAUUUGUAAACACUUUUUUUGUAUUUAUUUUUUCAAAAAAAAAAAAAAAAAGAGAGAAGGUUUUGUCUAGUUUGAAAUAUAGAAACGAGCUUGUUGCAAAUAUCGGACAUUGUUUGUCUUUCACUGAAAGCUAAUUGCACAUUGAAAAUGCUUUUCUUGCUCUUUGUGUUGAGAUUGAAACCUGAGAUGCGAGGUGUACCUGGCUGACAGCCCGGCUUUAGCCUUUCCGUUUAUCCUUCUGCACAAAUCAAGAUUGGGAGGGGAAAAAAAUCUCAAUCUGUCAGAUGCAUCUUUUAGUCUUCAUCAAAUGAUACUCAUUCAAAGAUGGCUGCAGAAGGAUGGUAGUUGUGCUUGUUGCAGAGAUGCACCCUAGCCUGUAGGGGGCACUGCAGCUCCUCUCAGUCCAGAGCUGGCAAUCAGUUCCACCAGUUAUCAGGGAAACUAAGAUGGACAGCUUAUGGAGAUGAUUAUAUUGCUUUUUUUUUUUUCCUUGCAUUGUAUGUAGAUAUUGCACUUUAACAGCUGUCCUCUCAUUCUGAAUCAACUAGUGCUUCCUUCUGUGCGUUUGUACUUUCAGUGUAUACAUGUCCGCGUGACUGUGUGUGUGUGUGUGAAAGGGAAACGGUGUGUAUGUGUACGUGCUCAUUCUGGGCUCGCGUCAACUUUCUCAAACUGACUGGAACCUUUUUAACAAUUUGAGCACACCUGUAUCUGUCUGCAGUGCAUGCUGGGACACGAAAACAAAGCGCCUCCACAGCACAGCAAAAGGUCGAGGGCUUCCGGGCAGUUUCUAUGGCUACUGCCUGGCCCACUUUACAAAAAAAAAAAUGGCAGCUAAGAGCACUGCAAUCCAGACAUUUUGACACGAUGCAAAAAUGCCUGUAAAGAGUCCAGGAGUGGGGGUGCAGAUACUAUUAAAGUGUAUGUGUGUAUGAAAUGUUUUGUUGAAUAAUCCUCCUCGGCCACAUUGUUGGCAGAGGGCACUUGUAUAUGCAAUCUAAAUGUAAAGAAUUUAUGUGACAAAGGCCCCUGCAAGGUUGCCAUAUAAUGACGGGGCAUCCUGUGGAGAUUUGAUGUCAGUUUGUCUAGUAUUCCUUAAUGUGUGAGCUCACAGGUGUGUGAUAACUGAAGAACUGUGCACAGAAAAUGGACAUGUCUGGAGCAGUAGCUUUGUGGAAACGCUCAUCUUCUCCCGCUUUUUAUCUUUUAUUUUUUUCUUCCUGUGGCUUUCCACUCUGGUACCAGGGCAUUAACUCCUCGCCAGCCCCAGCGGAAGGAGCAGCGGGGCAGGAUGCAGAACGCAUUUGGCUGCCCCCAGGACUCUAUUGUUCACGGCAGACCAAGGAAAAUACAAAAUACUGGACCCCUCCUUAGACUGCCGAUCUGCUGGGGUUCAUAUGGCUUUGUGACCCUACAGGGCCUACAAAACUGCUCCUCUGUACAAGACCUCUGGAGCUUAAUUAUUAUUUUUUAAUGCUUUCUCAGAAGACUGCAUGGCGGUGCUGAUCUGAAUUGUGUUGCUCUAUUUGAUUAUUUACCAAUUGUCAGAUCAGAGCAUAAUAGUUUAAGAACUUUUAUUUUUGUGUGUGUAUGUUUUGUUUUUUGUCCUAACUUGAAAAUGUUUAAAUGGCUGGCAUUUUUUUGCUCCAAAGUCAUUUGUGUUGGGGAGGGAAGGUUAAAAAAAAAGUUGGAUGUCAUGUUUGGAACUUUGCAUAAACAAGAUUGUACGGACAUGUUGUGUAUAAAAUACGCCCACGCACUUGAGGAAGCACAUUAGAGAAGGCAAUUUGACACUAGAGGACUGGUAUCUAUUGAUUGAAUGCGACCUAAUGCACUGUGAGCUCAAUGUGAUGUGGGAGUUAUUUGUCAAGAAAAAAAAAAGAUAAAUAUAUUUAAUGUAAAGUUAGUUAUUAUUAAAAUAUUACUGAGGACAUCUGUAUAACUUAUAUGAAUGUAUUGUCUUGCUAUACUGGACAUAUCCAACCAAUGCAUUUUACUGUAAAGCAAUAAUGUGAAGAAAAAAAUAAAAUGACAAAAUGACUCCUA